CAAAAGGAAAAAAGAGGACUUAUGAGAAUCCAAAUUUAGAGCAAGGCUCUUCCACUUUCUCCACCCAUAGAAUUUGCUUUCCAAAGUUGACGAUCUUUCUCUCCCAUAAUGGCGGUCGCGGGAUUUUAUCGCAGGGUUCUUCCUUCUCCUCCAGCUAUAGAAUUUGCCUCUUCCCAUGGAAAGCUGUGUGAAUUUUGCAGCGUCUCUUUACUGAGGCGCUUGGAGAUGGAACCAUGGAAGGGUUUUUCAAGUUGAUUUCUUACUAUCAAACGCAAUCCGAACCUGCUUAUUGUGGACUCGGCACCCUUGCCGUUGUCCUCAACGCACUUUCUAUUGAUCCUGGUAGAAAAUGGAAAGGUCCAUGGAGAUGGUUUGAUGACUCUAUGCUUGACUGCUGUGAACCUUUGGCAAAGAUCAAAACUGAAGGUAUCACAUUUGGAAAGGUUGCAUGUUUGGCUCGUUGCAAUGGUGCUAAAGUGGUAGCUUUUAGGACAAAUGAAAGCACCAUUGAUGAUUUUCGCAAGUAYGUGGUGUCAUGUUCUUCUUCUGAGGACUGUCAUGUGAUCACUUCCUACCAUAGGGGAGUUUUUAAGCAGACUGGAACUGGCCAUUUUUCACCAAUUGGAGGCUAUCAUGCUGGAAAAGAUAUGGUUCUCAUAUUGGAUGUUGCACGCUUCAAGUAUCCUCCUCACUGGGUUCCUCUUACCCUACUGUGGGAUGCCAUGAACACAAUUGAUGGUGCAACAGGACUACCUAGAGGGUACAUGAUUUUAUCUAGGCUUCCCAGGGGGCCGUCUAUUCUUUACACUCUGAGUUGUCAGCAUGAAGGUUGGAACAACGUUAUAAAAUACUUAACAGAAGAGGUUCCUCUACUUUUGAAAACAGAAGAUGUGAAAGAUGUACAGGAAUUACUUACUGUAGUAUUUAAAUUGCCACCUCCAAAUCUCAGACAAUUUAUUAAGUGGGUUGCAGAAGUUCGGGAGCAAGAGGAUGGGAACGUAAAAUUAAGUGUAGAGGAGAGGGGAAGACUAGCUGUCAAGGAAGAGAUAUUGGAACAACUACGAGAGACUGAACUCUUCAAACAUAUCAAACAGUGGUUGGCAUCUGGGACACUAUGCAAGGGCUUGGCAUCUUUGUUUAACAAAGAUGAAUUACCUGAAAUUGCUGCAACUGUUUGUUGUCAGGGGGCAGAAACUCUGGCCGGGAAAUCUUGUUCAGCUGAUCGAACUUUCUGCAAAACUGAUAUCCACCUUUUGAAUGGUGAAAAUGAAAAGCCAGCUGUGGUGGUGUCAGGGACUGUUGUUAGUAAGGUUACUAAACAAGGAGUAGAUAUGUUAGUACCUUUAUGUAAAACAGAAUCGAGCCAGAGUCAGAUUUCAGAUGAGUGUUGUUGUGAUUGGCCAUCUGUGAUUGAUGUGCUAACCAUACUCUUGCUCUCACUGCCUCAACAUAUUUGGUCCACCAUUAAAGAAGAGAAGUUGUUGGGAGACAUUAAGAGACUUGUUGCAGAAGACUACCUUCCUGCUAUGCUUCGGGAGGAGGUUUUGCACUUGAGACAACAAAUGCACUUUCUUAUGACUGAUCUCAGCUAAUAUUCUUCCUCGUAUUCUUCACAAAAUUGUAGAAUGACCAGUUCAUAUUUCAUUUUGUUGCGGUAGUUUAGAGAAUUUAUAGCAAUGGUAUUGGCAUUUCAGUGGAAAUAUCCAGUCUACAUGUCUCGUAAUAACUUGUUCCUCACUGAAAUUUAGUCUCAUAUUUAUAAAGACCGUAUGAUGAUCAUUAGUAAAUAAUCUUUUAUGAGUUUGGCA